AUGAGGAGACAGAACCAAAGCAUGAUCACUGAGUUCUUCCUCGUAGGUUUUUCAAACCUUGGGGAUCUGCAGAUCCUUCUCUUCUUCAUCUUCCUACUGGUCUACCUGACCACUUUGAUGGCUAAUGUUACCAUUAUGACUGUUAUCCGCCUGGACCGGGCUUUGCACACCCCCAUGUACUUCUUCCUUUUUAUCCUCUCCUGCUCUGAAACAUGUUACACCUUAGUCAUUGUGCCUAAAAUGCUGAGCAACCUGCUUUCGACAAAUCCAACAAUUUCUUUCUCUGGAUGUGCUGCCCAGCUUUAUUUCUUUGUGGGCUUGGCUUGUACCAACUGCUUUCUCAUUGCUGUGAUGGGCUAUGAUCGGUACGUUGCCAUCUGUAACCCUCUCAAUUACACACUCAUUGUCAGUAGAGCCACCUGCAUGCAGCUGGUUCUAGCCUCUAGCUUCUGUGGUUUCCUCAUCUCUGUGGUUGUCAAUGUCCUGGUGUUCAGUGUGCCUUUCUGUGCCUCCAAUCGGAUCAACCAUUUUUUCUGUGACAUUUCCCCUGUCAUCAAAUUGGGCUGUACAGACACGAACCUAAAGGAGAUGGUCAUCUUCUUCCUCAGCAUUCUCGUUUUACUGGUUCCAUUUGUACUGAUUUUCAUCUCUUAUGUUUUCAUUGUGUCUACCAUCCUCAAAAUAUCCUCAGUGGAGGGGCAGAGAAAAGCUUUUGCCACUUGUGCUUCCCACCUGACAGUGGUCAUUGUUCACUAUGGCUGUGCUUCCUUUAUCUACCUACGGCCCACAUCCCUGUACUCCUCAGACAAGGACCGGCUGGUGGCAGUGACCUAUACUGUAAUCACUCCCCUACUCAACCCCCUUGUCUACACACUGAGGAAUAAAGAAGUGAAGACAGCUCUGAGGAAAGUCUUGAAUAGAUAUUCAUUUCCCAAAACUGUGUGA